AUGCAAAUGAAUUUAGUGAACAAUACCAAAUGUCAUUGUGAUAGAGAAGCUUUAUGUCAAGAACGGAAUGACCAUCCCAAACAUGUUUUUGAUAUUCUUCCCAAAAGAUUCAUUUCUGAUUCAACAAAAACAAGAAGCGAAACAAAAAAUGAGUUAAUAACUUUAUUGCAGUUUUUGUAUCUGAAAAUGUCCGCAAAAGGAUUUUAA